AUGGGGGCCGAGGCGACACACAGCUUGGCCAGCCAGCUGGCAUCGGUGCUGCCUUCUGAUGGAAAGCCAUGGUACAAGAAGACUCAUCUUCUGCGCCUCAACUACGUUAUCCUGUCUCUGUGCCUGCUGUCCUCCGCGAACGGUUACGAUGGGUCGAUGAUGGGCGGCCUGCUGGCGCUGCCUGGCUGGAACGAGUUCAUGGGCAUGCCGACUGGCGGCUGGCUUGGCUUUAUCAAUGCCAUAUACUGGGCUCUCAACGGCAUCUCCUUCUUCGGCGCCGCGUGGAUAUCCAACAAGUUUGGACAUAAGACUGGAAUCUACAUUGGCUAUGUGUUCCUCGUUACAGCCACGGCCCUCCAGACUGCAGCCCCCAACGACGCCGCCUUUGUCGCCGCGCGUGGCCUGCUUGGCAUUGCUGCUGGAAUGUUCACCGCUGGCGCACCGCUGCUCAUCAACGAGAUCGCGUUCCCGACCCACCGACCGAUCGCGGCCUCGUGCUUCCAGUGCGGCUUCUACCUCGGCAGCCUGAUCGCUGCCUGGGUCACCUUUGCGACCAAAGACUACGGCAACUCCUGGGACUGGAGGCUUCCCUCCCUUCUCCAGAUCCUGCUCCCCGCCCUAGCGCUCCCUGGACUCAUUAUCGCCCCGGAGUCCCCCAGAUGGUCUGCCUCUGUAGACCGAGUCGAGGAUGUGAGACAGUUCGUCAUUAAGCACCACGCCGGUGGUGACGAGAGCUCGCCGCUUAUCAACUUUGAGACGGACGAGAUUGUCAACACAAUCAAGGCCGAGCAGCAAGCCCAUGCUAGCUCGAGCUACCUCGACCUGGUCAAGACUAAGGGCAACCGGUGGCGGCUGCUCAUCUCCAUCUCUCUAGGUUUCUUUAGCCAGUGGAGCGGUAACGGCGUCGUCUCGUACUAUCUCCCUUUGGUGCUCAACACUGUCGGAAUCACCAGCGUUACCCAUCAGACGCUCAUCAAUGCACUGCUGCAGGUCUGGAACCUCUUUUGGGCCAUCGCCGCCGCGGUAUCGGUCGAGAGACUGGGACGCCGGGUCUUGUUCCUCAGCUCUGCGGUUAUCAUGCUGAUCUCCUAUAUCGUCGUUACUGGCUUGUCGGGUUCGUUUGCUAGUAGUGGCAACGCGGCCGUGGGCCUUGCUGUUGUUCCUUUCCUCUUCAUCUUCUUUCUAGGCUACGAUCUCGCUCUGACCCCGCUUAUCGUCGCGUACCCGGUCGAGAUUUGGUCCUACCGCCUGCGGUCAAGGGGCUUCAGCGUCACCUGGAUCUCGGGCAUCCUCGCGGGCAUAUUCAACAUGUUUGUCAACCCGAUCGCCCUCGAGACCAUCGCGUGGAAGUACUACUUUGUCUACAUUGUCUUCCUCGUCGCCUUCCUCCUGCUCGCCUACUUCUGCUAUCCGGAGACCCGCGGCCGCACCCUCGAGCAGAUGGCCUUCAUCUUCGACGGCGACGACGCCGAGGUGAUCCCGGCGACAAAGGUCGAGUCUGUGGGGGCUGUUGAGAUGGCGGAGUCGCAGCGGGAGAAGUCGGACAAGAGCAGCUGAGAAGGAUUGAUGGGGUCCCUGGACUACUAUUGCUGCUAAACAAAGUCUUUCUUGUGCUUGAUUGAAUUUGAAAGGGUCUUGCACGGUUUUGUAAGGUCGCGAAGCCUACGGC